AUGGAGAUCGAGAAGCUCAAAGAUAGGAUCCUUGCGCAAGAUGCACAUAUGGCGGUUUUAAAUGAUGAGCUCAUGGGGACCCAGGUGGCAAUGCUCGACACAGGCAAAGAAAUGAUGGAAAUCAAGGCAGCUAAUGUUAAGCUGCGACACGAGCUAGCUUCGCUCAAAGCAAGCGGUGUCACUACAAUGCAAGGUCAAACAUCUGGCACGGUCCAAUCGCACAAGCCCCACAUCAAAAUUGCUGAACCUCCACACUACUCGGACAAAGGAAGUCUGGAGGACUGGCUCCAACAACUCAGUAUAUGGAUGUGGUGGAACGAGAUCAACGACAAUGAACACAAGAUUACCACAGCCUUACUGCAUUUGGAAGGUGGGGCAGCAGCACGGCAGGCACUUGGCACAUGGGAAGACUUCGUCGACAUUCUCAAAGUGAACUACAGGACCCUCGACCCAGACAAGGAUGCGCAGCAGCAUUUGAAGGAUAUCUGUGGCAAGACGUAUCCCACAAUGGUAUCCUUUGCAGAACAGUUCUGCCAAUGGGCCACUAAGAUCAACUUAGGGCACACUGCACUCAUCAGUUACAUCGCUGAACACCGAAGCAAGGACGUAUGCCAGGGAAUGGUCACACGAGACAGUCUAGGAAUUUCUGACCCCAUCACAUGGCCAGAAUAUCUCGACCUAUGUCUUCAAUUAGAGUCCAAGUUCAGAGCUGACAAGGCAGGACAGUGCGAAACAGUAGCAACAUCAUCAUCGGCACCACGGGCUCCAAAAGACCUCAACGCAAUGGUCAUGGAUCGAGUAUCCACCCUCACCAAGGAACAAGAAGGAUGGCUGGAGAAGAAGCUGUGUGUAGGAUGUGGGAAACACCCCUUCAUUUUUAAACAGCGAUGCCCAGACCUCAAGUACAAAGGCAAAUUCGAAAUGCUGAAGCGGGGCCAAGCAACAAGGGCAAUUUCUUCAAACACGGCCUCAGACAUCUCCGACGACAGCAAGGUGAGAUACGAAGCAGUUCGUGCUUUCAUCGCCAGCUAUGACGCGAAGGGAAAGGAAAAGGAGGCAGAACCGGAACCAGCUGUUGAAGCCGCUAGGAUCACGGAGGUAGAAGAUGAUGAGGAUUUUCUUUGGCGGGUUCUCUGA